UGCUUCUACUUCUUCUUUGUCUUCUUUCUUCUUCUUCGUCCUAUUCUUCCCUUUGUUGUUGUUCAUCUUCUUUCUUUUCUUUCUCCUUCUUCUCUUUGCUGUUUUAUUUCUUCUCUUUCUUCUACUUCUUUGUCUUCUUUCUUUAUUUCUUUGUUGCUGUUGUUGUUCUUCUUUCUUCUUCUUUUCCUUCUUCUUUUCAAUUCAAUUUAAAAAAAACUUUAUAUACUUCCUGCAGUUAGUAUAUGUGGGAAAUAGUUCAAAAUAAUAGAAAAUUUCAUUAAUUUAUUAACCUUUACUUAACCAGGUGACCCUUAGUUCUGCCCCUAGUAGUUCUAUAGGCCUAGGCUGCUGGGGGACCUCUCUGGAUGCACUGAGCCCUUCUCUAUCUACCUUUAUAUUUAACAUACAUAACGUUAUUGCAGUACAUUCAUUCUGUUUCCCCCUGUGUUAUUUCUCUGAGUGUCCCUGGUCCCAGAGCUGGAUGCUUCAGAUCUGUGGUUGCUGUCCCACCAGCUGGUCCAGUCUCCAUCAUGUCCACUGUGGGAUGCUGCUGCUGACCUUCCUCCAGCCCACUGCUUCCAGCUGCUCAUUUCCACCAGUCUACUCUGCAUUGCCCUCAUUAUACUUGAUGCACUCAUCUACAUACUGUUUGAAUUUUAUUGCUAGCUAUAUAUGCAGUAUAAUUAAUGCCAGAGGCGUAGAUCAUAACAGUAAACUAUGAAUCAGUUUACAUGUUAGCUUGUACUUUGUAUGGAUCAUCUGUCUGAUCAUGCAUGUAUCCAACUGUGUAUUAUAUGCUCCUUGUCCCGACCCUCCUCUUCUCCCAUCCCUCUACCUCUUCUGUCCCUCAACCCCCCGGCCAGCAGGCAGAUGGAUCCCCCACAUAAAGAGCCGGGUUCUGCUCUCGGUUUUUCCCCUGUUAAAAGGGUGUUUUUCUUGCCACUGUCGCAUUGGUGCUGCUCUGGGGUUUCAGGCAUAUGGGUUCUGUAAAGCAUCUUGAGACAAUUUGACUGUAAUUGGCGCUAAAUAAGUGAAAUUGAAUUGAAUUGAGAAAUCUCACUGAGAUUCACAACCUCUUUUGUAAGGGAGAUGGGCAGAAUCAAAUAUAAAAAUCACACAGUUAAAACACGAGGAAAAAACUAAUAAAAAAUUAAUAAUUAACAAGCAAAUUGUGAAAAACAAGUGCACGUUGUGGAGUCGGCCUCAAGAACUCGCAGUUUGUGUGUUCUAAUGCUACAUUGUGUUAGCUAAUGGUGCUGAAAGGCUCAUUGAUGGUUAGAAAACCCUUGUGCAGUUAUGUUAGCACAUGGAUAAAAGUGGGAGUUUUCAUGGAAAACAUGGAAUUGUCUGGAUGACUUUAACUCUUGAACAAUAGUGUAACUAUGUCUUAAUUCUGUGCUGAGCAAACUGUAACAGAAUCUGGUUCUGUGUGCAUAACGAAGUCUAAUUCUUUGAGCCAUGUUUAAUAUUUUGCUGAACAAGCAGCGGCGAAAAGUGCACUUCGCCAACUCAUCCAGCAGGUGUCAGUGUUACUCUGCAAGUAAAUGAAGCAACUUUAGAAUUUGGCUGUUUGGUGUGAAUCAGAAAAGAGCUGCAAUAAGUUAAAAAAUAAACUAUUUAAAGUAUCUAUGUGUAUAAAGCCAUUCAAAUGGACCACAGUUCAAAUAAAAUCCUGUUUCCUGCAUGGAUGGUUGUGUUUAAAAACGUGAAUCUGCUCCCGAAUUGAUCACAAAUGACUGACAUGUGGUGGCAGAUGAUAAAAUCUGCAGGAAAUUAACGAGCUGGGAAGCCUGACGGACGCUCGGCUUCUCCCACCUCUGAGCAUCUCCCUCUUUAUUCGUUCCCCUGCAUCCCUCUCCCACUCCAUCCUCCCCCCCUUUCCUCUCCCUGCCUCACCACCACCACCACCACCACCACCGCUCAGAAGCUCUCCACACUUCUUCCCCACAGCCUCUCCGUCCACUCACAUCCCUGUCAUUAUUAUUCUUUUAUCACCUCACUUCUUUUCCCUCCCUGCCACUCUUCCUAUGCUGACACCGAGGGAUGCAGAAUGAGGCGAGCUGUGGCUCUUUGGCUGCUGACAGUCGCGACUCUGCUGCGAGUGUCUCUGCAGGGUCCUCACCAGCGUUUUCUGCUCAGGGAGCUGCUCAGAGACUACAACCCCAUGGAGAGGCCGGUGGCCAACGACUCCCAGACGCUGACCGUCCAGUUCUCCUUCACUCUGAUGCAGGUCAUGGACGUGGAUGAGAAGAACCAGAUCCUGACCACCAACGCCUGGCUGCAGAUGCAGUGGUACGACCACUACCUCCAGUGGAACCAGUCUGAGUAUCCUGGAGUUAAGAACCUGCGUUUCACCCCCGACCAGGUCUGGACUCCUGACAUUUUGCUUUACAACAGCGCUCACGACAAGUUCGAUGCCACCUUUAAGACCAACGUUCUGGUCAACUCCAGCGGCUUCUGUGAGUAUCUACCUCCAGGGAUAUUUGUGAGCACGUGCAGCGUGGACGUGAGGUGGUUUCCAUUUGACAUUCAGCGCUGCGAGCUCAAGUUUGGCUCGUGGACGUUUGACGGCUGGCUGCUGGACAUCCAGAUGAAGGAGGCAGACGUGUCCGGAUACAUGCCCAACGGAGAGUGGGACCUGCUGGAGGUCCCUGGGGGUCGACACGAGGUUUUCUACGACUGCUGUGCUGAGCCCUAUCCAGACGUUACAUUUGUGGUGACGCUGCGAAGGCGAACGCUGUUCUACGCCCUCAACCUCCUCAUCCCCUGUGUGCUGCUGUCCUCCAUGACCCUGCUGGUCUUCCUGCUGCCCGCCAACUCCGGGGAGAAAAUCAGCCUGGGCAUCACGGUUCUGCUGUCUCUGACUGUCUUCAUGCUGAUGGUUGCAGAGAUUAUGCCCGCCACUUCAGAUUCGGUCCCGCUGAUUGGUCAGUACUUUGCCAGCACCAUGGUGAUUGUCGGGAUGUCGGUGGUGGCUACAGUCAUCGUCCUCCAGUUCCAUCACCACAACCCCAACAGUGGACACAUACCAAGAUGGGUGAACUUGGUUCUGCUGCAGUGGGUUCCUUGGUUCCUCCGGAUGAAACGUCCGGGCGAAGGAGUAGAACCGACUCUCUCCAGCAGCCAGGCGGAUUCUCAGAGUAAGACCCUGUCCUCUCCGACCACCACCACUACCACCACCACCAUCCCCACCCCGCUGCCCUCCAUCCUCCCCCAGAGCCUCAACUCCCUGCAGGCCAGCCUGGUGCAGCUCAACCACCCCCUGUCCCACAUGCUGCCCCAUCGGCUCAACCCCCAGCCGGUCAUCCUCCCGAACCCCGUCCACAGAGACCCCAGCCCCAAUCCUCACCCCCAGCCCAACGGCCACCUGCCUUACAUGGGCUUCCAGAGCUUCCAGACCACUGCAGAACUGGAACCAGUGCAGAGGUGCAGAACCACCAGCCAUGGGAGGAGUAACAGUGGGCUCGGUGGUGGAGAUGGAGAGGCAGCAGCAGCAGGAGCAGGAGGAGGUGCGGUUGGAGAUACACCGAUACACCACCACCUCCCGGCUUCAAAGUUUGGAAGUCCUCCACUGGAGCCUCCAGUUUGCCCGGAACCCGACCCACCCACCUCCGGACCCUGCGGUUCAGAAGUCGGUGUUGGUAGAUCUGCUGGUGUUUAUUCCAACAGCGGAACGGCCCGGUCUGUGGCGGUGGACAACCAGCUGCAGGCUCUUCUGGCGGAGGUUCAGUAUCUAGUCGAGCGGGUUCGUGAGCAGGACCGGCAGCUGAGUUUGGCCGAGCAGUGGCAGUUCGCCGCAGCCGUCAUUGACCGACUCUGCCUGGUCGGAUUCAGCGUCUUCAACAUCAUCUGCACCAUCGCUAUCCUCAUGGCUGCACCCAACUUUGGAGAAGCGCUGUCCAAAGACUUCCUCUGAGAGGCAACUAAAGAGACUCCAGAGAUUUGUAGGUGUUGAUGGAUGAAGGAAGCACAACUGUUGUCAGAGACACUGGGACAUGAAAUAGCAAAUAAUUCCUAUUUAUGAGCCGGAGCGGACUGUGGCACACGACGAGCGGACUGUGAUUCAGAAACAUUCUUUUUUCCUGAUACACUUGCCUCGAUCAUCCUCACACAUCCUUACAGUGUUUCAUGAAUGUUUUAACGGUGGUUUGUGGUUUAACUGAUAAAAUCAAGGGAUAGUCUUUAUUUUGAACUGCGGUGUGCAGCAGAAGUGACCAAAAUGCGAAAGACCUUGAAUGUAAAAGGAUUCGGUCUCUCAAUAACUGCGUUACUUUUAAGUCGAACAGUAUGUUAUUUGCCUCAAUGCAACAAAAGUCAGCAAACCUUUCAUUACCCGUAUUGUACGAGGUUCUGCAGAGAUGUUCUUUAAUUCUUCAGAGACCAUUUAUUUCCGCUGUUAGAUGCUGGAGACGUUGUGUUGCUCUGCCCUUCUACUUAAAAUCCCCCAGAGGUGUUAUAUUGGAUUCCAGGCAGACGAAAUACUUGUCCAUGAAGUACUUUUCACUUAUUUUGUGUGUGCUUUGGAUGGUUCUCAUGCAAGAAUAUCCAUCUUCUUCCAGCUUCUGCAGACUGGGACUCAUCUUAUCAGCCAGUAUGUUGGUUCAUCUACAACACCUUUUGCUCUCAUUCAGCUCCAUAUCAUCACACUUCCACCUCCGUGCUUCACUGUCAGGACCAUGCAUCCACUGUGGUAGUCCUGGUCAGGUUCACACCAAACAUGCUGGACUCCAUCUGAACUCAAUUAUCUUCAUCUGACCAAUGAAUGUUCUCCAAUAUUCAUCAGGCUUCUUUUCACGUUUUUUUUUUUUAGUGUUGUUCAAUUUUGUGUCAAAGGGCAAUGAAGUGUAUUCUUUUUCUUGGAUGCCAUCCACUGUGGCUGACAUUAUGCGCCAUCCUUCACACAUCUGUGAUUUCCAUUGAUAACCCCUGUUUCAAGUCUGAAAUGCCUGUUUUUCACAGCUAGAUUGUGAAAGUAGUUCAUUUUCUGUGGAGUCAUUUUAGGAGGACGACCACUGCAGCCAUGAUCAGUGGAACUGUGACCAGAGAUGGGACCAAGUCACACAUGUGCAAGUCUCAAGUCCCCAUCUCUGACUAUGACUCCUUCUAUACCUCCUGAUUACUGCUGACUCUGUGUUUUCUCUGAUUUUUAGUUAAUCUCCAGUAUAAUUUUGCAUCUUUGUGAAGCCUCACAAUCAGAUUUUUUCACUUCCUCUGUUCAGUUCUUUUCCAUGUGGAUCCAUGAUGCAGACAUAGGCCCAACCCGUAAGCCCCAAACUGAGAAAGUUCUGCUGUUCACAGCUGAUUUUAGAAUCAUUUUUAUGCCAUUAGGCUGGUUGGAAAUUACAGACAGACUCACUUUAGCUGAGUUUCUACUUCUGGGUCUCCAUUUCCAAUCUCGUCUUUCCAAAGUGUUUGUUUUUGGUCGCUCAUAAAAAGAAAAAAAAAAUCGAUGCAAUUUUUCAACCAUUUCACGUCAAGAUAUCGAUGCUGGUGUUCUCACUUCUGCUACAUACCAUGAAUAAGAAAAAGCAUUUUGUGAAGAAGGAAACUGAGAGAACUGCAAAGCUCGACUCCUAACUGUGUGUUUUUACUGCCAUGAUGUGAAACCACAGGACCCAGCAGCAGCUUGGCAUGGAUGUGCUGAAGGUCAGAUACAGAUUUACAUUCAAUCGGGGUUCGUUUACAUUAAACCUCAUUACUGACAGGCGGUCUUCCACCAGGCAUCUUGUGUUUCCUGCACAUGUAUUUUGUCACCACUGACGUUUGUUUUUUUUCUCCGCUCUGUAAAGGUUUCAAUCUAGUUUUCAGUUACAUCGAGUUUCAUUUCACACGACAUUCAAAAAUCACUGUGAUCACUAUUUUUUCCACAUGAAGAAGUCUUUACCACAAUAACAAACCCUGAAAAUUACCCGUGUUUUGGCUCAAUGAGACUGAGAAUUAAUCUCAGCAUCGGCCUUAACUAUCGCGUUUGCUGCACGGUGUGCACCAUGAAGCUGAAAGAACACCAACAGGAAAAUAUCUAGCGACACUGCCACUGGAAUAUUUUUCUGUCUCUUGCAAUUUCUGUCCUGUAAAACGUCUGCAGAGCUCUGACAUCUGCCAUUUCUGAUUUGGAAGACACCUACGAGCUUGCUGCACCUAAAAGUAAUAGAUCCACUGUUUAGUCACAAUGAGGAACAUUAUUUUUAUUGUUGUUAUUACUGUGAAAGAGAAGAAAAAAUACUGUGACUUCUAAUGUAAAGGAUGUAUUUUGCAGAACUCCUGGAGGAUCGUGACAGACGGAGCUGUAAAUAUUGUGAAAUAAAUGCUCUUUUGUAUUCGC